CCGAGUUUGUCUCCAGCAUGACGGCCUGCGUCCCCAAAGAGGAAGAGAUGCUCUAAUUGGUUUCUCAAUAAAGGAUCAUCAAUAGUUCCCAACUUCCCUGGAGGGUCAGGGUCUCUGUCUGUGGACAAGCGCUGCUCGGAUAUAUCAACCGAUCGCUCGGCUGUUUUAAACACCGAUUGAAAUCCCCUCCUCUCAUCACCAUCUGAAAUAAACACGUGGAUUGCAAAGGGAUCCUUCUCAAUACGCACGGCGGAGUCUCGUUUAUCCAUUGGAAACAACGGAAUUCUGACCGUAAAUAUCGGAAUUGUGUUUUUCGAGGGGAAACAACGGUGAAGUGUCCGCAUAUUUCAACAUGAGCGACCUGGAAGAGGACUUUGCCAAGAUUUUAAUGUUGAAGGAGGACAGGAUACGAGACUUGGAGAGGCGUCUGGCAGACAGGGAAGACGAGAUCCAAGAAUUGAAGAGGAAACUGCACAAAUGUCAGUCCGUAUUGCCCAGCGCUCAACUUAUAGGACCGAGGAUCAGGACUCGGGCACAAGGCAUCUCGGCGGAGCCUCAAAACUACCAAGACCUUUCGAGACAAGCCUUUCGGAAAUAUGUCAAGUCCGACUGGUCUAAGGACCUGAUCAAGGAAGCCAUCUUGGACAACGACUUCAUGAAAAACCUGGAGCUGUCUCAGAUCCAAGAGAUCGUGGACUGCAUGUACCCUGUGGAGUAUGGCAAAGACAGCUGCAUCAUCAAGGAAGGUGAUGUGGGCUCACUGGUCUAUGUCAUGGAAGAUGGUAGGGUGGAGGUGACAAAGGAGAGUGUGAAGCUGUGCACCAUGGGACCUGGGAAGGUGUUUGGAGAGCUGGCCAUCCUCUACAACUGUACCAGGACAGCAACCGUCAAGACUCUCACCAAUGUGAAGUUAUGGGCCAUCGACCGACAAUGCUUUCAGACUAUUAUGAUGAGGACGGGCCUGAUCAAACACACCGAAUACAUGGAGUUUUUAAAAAGUGUUCCGACGUUCCAUGAACUACCGGAGGAGAUUCUAAGCAAGCUAGCUGAUGUCCUUGAGGAGACACACUAUGAGGAUGGAGAGUACAUCGUCAGACAGGGAGCCACAGGAGACACCUUCUUCAUCGUCAGUAAGGGAAUGGUGAAUGUGACCAGGGAAGACAAGCCCAGCGGGGAUCCUGUCUACCUCCACAGCAUGGGGAAAGGAGACUGGUUUGGAGAGAAGGCCCUGCAAGGGGAGGACAUCAGAACAGCAAACGUCAUCGCUGCAGAGGCUGUUACAUGUCUGGUAAUCGACAGAGACUCCUUCAAGCACCUGAUUGGAGGGUUGGAGGAGGUGUCCAGUAAAGGCUGUGAGGAUGCUGAGGCCAAGGCUAGGUACGAAGCAGAGAACGCUUUCUUCUCCAACCUCAAUCUGGCUGACUUCAACAUCUUUGACACACUGGGGGUUGGUGGCUUUGGCCGCGUAGAGCUGGUCCAGCUGAAGAGUGAUGAGUUGAAGACUUUUGCCAUGAAGAUCCUGAAGAAGCGUCACAUCGUGGACACGCGGCAGCAGGAGCAUAUCCGCUCUGAAAAACUCAUUAUGCAGGAGGCCCAUUCUGACUUUAUUGUCAGACUAUACAGGACGUUUAAGGACAGUAAGUAUCUCUACAUGCUGAUGGAGGCUUGUCUGGGAGGAGAGCUGUGGACCAUUCUUAGAGACCGGGGUUCGUUUGAGGACUCCACCACCAGGUUCUAUACAGCUUGUGUGGUGGAAGCAUUCGCCUACCUGCAUUCCAAAGGCAUCAUCUACAGAGACCUCAAACCAGAGAAUCUUAUACUGGACCACAGGGGCUACGCCAAGCUAGUGGACUUUGGCUUUGCCAAGAAGAUAGGGUUUGGGAAGAAAACGUGGACGUUCUGUGGAACACCAGAAUACGUGGCACCAGAGAUCAUUCUGAACAAAGGCCACGACAUCUCAGCUGACUACUGGUCUCUAGGAAUCCUCAUGUUUGAGCUCCUCACCGGCAGCCCUCCCUUCUCUGGCCCUGAUCCCAUGAAAACAUAUAACAUCAUCCUGAGGGGCAUCGACAUGAUUGAAUUUCCAAAGAAGAUUACCAAAAACGCUGCCAACUUAAUAAAAAAACUAUGCAGGGACAAUCCUUCGGAAAGACUGGGAAACUUGAAAAACGGUGUCAAAGACAUCCAAAAGCACAAAUGGUUCGAGGGCUUUAACGGGGAAGGUCUACGGAAGGGAACGCUGACACCCCCUAUCAUCCCUAAUGUGACAUCACCAACGGACACAAGUAACUUUGACAGCUUCCCAGAGGACAAUGAAGACCCGCCCCCAGAUGACAACUCUGGCUGGGACACCGAUUUUUAAACGGCACCCCCCACCCCCACCCCCAAUACCAAAUUCUCUUCUGUCAUUGGCCUGGGGGCCUACUUCCUGAUAUAGCUGCAUUCUAAAGACUGCGAUAAAGAGGAAGAGGAGGUCGGAGGAGAGGAAGAGGACCACAACCGCUCUGGGUCACCGAUAUGCCUUCGCUACGCGUGGCUCUGGGACUAGCAUUUAAUGACCUUAUCAUUUCCUCAGUGUUCUCACUCACUCACUCUCUCUCUCUCACACACACACACACACACACACACACACACACACACACACACACACACACACACACACACACACACACACACACACACACACACACACACACUGAGGUAAGUCCUGGAGCUAAAACAAUGCCUAUUCAUUUAGCAGAGAGAGCAUGUGAGAAUGAGUGUAUGUACAAUAUAUGUGAGAGUGUAAGGACACAAAAAGGAACGAUAAAAAAAGUAAAAUAUAUAGGGUGGAAGAUUAUUUUUCUGUUGCGGCCACACACCUGCACUGCUCCUAAAAGGUUGGACAGACACAAACAGACAGGCUGGGUCCAUGUUUGGAAGGCUUCCCCUCUGCACCCUGUUUUCUCUCCAAGACAAAUGGACAGGCUGGUCCCUGAGGUUCGGCUCAGCAGUACCUAGUACCUACAGUAUCUGGUAUCUGGCCCUCCUCAAUAGGGAAACAGGAUCUUAGUCUGACAAGUCAAACAGGUACCAAGUGCUCAUGACGAACGUGAAUGUUACUGUUCCUCUUAAUAUUACUUUUAGAACCACAGAGUAUAUGUAGAUACAAUUUGAAGUUACAUUCUCACACAUAGGCUGCUACACUCAUCUACUUUACUCAUGUACACUGAAUGCAGCAGCUACUUACCUUAAAAAAAGCAACAUUUCUGUUCUGUGCUUCAAAUGUCCUGCUUACAAAUGUAAUCAGUCACACAUAUUCAUCCCUCAUUUCUACAAAGCAAUUUGUUAUUAUGCAGUUAUUAACAAACUUCAUCAACAACAACAGCGAAGAUUCUUGGACCAUCUUUCAUUUCACAGGCAUUGGACGAUCAGAUAAUAAAGAUGUAAUUUAUAAGUCCACUAUAUGCUCUUAGCUACACAUCAACCCUAUGUAUUGCAAAUGUCUGACAUCCUCAUCCUAUGAGUUGCUCUUUCAUCAUGCAGUUACUAACCAAUCAAUAUAAAUGGCAUCCCUUUAAUUAGGUAAGUCAUAUUUUCACGCCACAGUAGUUUAAUUUACCACUUUUAAUGGGGUUUUAAUGCCUUCAGUGCUGUCGUUUCUACAGUAAUGUAAAUACAGGUACUGAAUUAAAUAUGAAUGGAUGAAACGUUAUGAGCACUGGUUAUUGUUACUGUGUAUUGAUAUUAAAGUGCUUGAUUACUUUGUAA